UUCCUCCAAGCUUGUUUUCACUCGACCCAACAGUAAGAAAAGGAAGCAGCUUUAGAGUCAAAGAGCUGGAAGCUUUGAGGGUUUCUGGCCAUGCAACAAAUGUACAAACUCUGACUGCAACUCUGAACAUGCAGCAGCUGAAACUUGGAGGUUUUCUACUCCUCUCCGUAUUCCUCGCCUCUACUCUGCCAACUCAUGGUCAGACGGCAGUGAGGAGAGGUGGAAUGGAGAGGAUCCAGGUGAUGUUCACGCCAACCAUCUGCAAGGUGCUCUGCAACCAGGACGGAUGCAUCAACCGCUGCGAGAAAGGCAACAUGACGACGCUUUACAGCACAGAGGGAGGACUGGCAGAAAGGAGACUCGACUCUCAUGGUCCAGGCUUCCGAGUCUUUCUCUGUCCUCUGCUCUGUAAGAACGGAGGCCUCUGUCUGCAGAAGGAUCGCUGCUUAUGUCCUGCAAACUUUACCGGAAAGUUCUGCCAGAUUCCUGUCUCACAUUUAGCCGCCAGGUCCGGAGACGCCAACGAGGUGGUCAAACCUCUGCUGCUCUCUGCCACGGCGGCCAAUCAGGAGCUGAUGGGGUCAGAGUUCCUGCUGCCACUUGGGCAGAGCCGGGCGGUGCCACGGUCCACAGAAGCGUCAGACCCCCGCAUGGUGAAGGUCAGAGUUCAGCACCCCCCCGAGGCCAGUGUGAAGAUCCACCAGGUGAUGAAGGUUUCUGGCUCCGUUCCCUCCCUGCGGUCCCUCUCCGCCUCCUCCUCUUCGGGUUCAGCCGGUGCUCCUGCUCCGGCUCUGCUUCCAGCAGGUGCUGGAAGAAUCCAGGCCCAGACUUUGAGGGGAGGUGGAACUUACAACCUUCAGUCUGACUUCAAAUACUGCUUCAGAGAAGUCAAAGAUGGACAGUGCAGCUCUCCUCUCCCUGGUUUGAGGAGCAGGGAGGUGUGCUGUAGGGGAGGUGGGAAGGCGUGGGGCCUCACUGACUGCACUCUCUGUCCUGAAACCCCAGGUCGAAGCAACAACAGCUGUCCUGUUGGCUUCCAGCAAUCAGCUAAUGGAUCGCAGUGUGUCGAUGUGAAUGAGUGCCACCAGCCGGGGCUGUGUGAGAACGGCCUCUGUGUGAACACCAUGGGGAGCUAUAGCUGUGUGUGUCGCUUGGGGUUCAUCCUCGAUGCCACACAUGGAAUCUGCAUAUCACAAAGUGUGAUAUCAGAGGAGAAGGGUCAGUGUUACAGAGUCGUGGGCGCAGGUCUGGGUCCAUCUUCCUGCUCCUUGCCCAUAGCUCGAAACAUCACCAAGCAAAUCUGCUGCUGCAGCCGAGUCGGUAAAGCCUGGGGACCAGACUGCCAGAGAUGUCCUUACUUUGGUUCAGUUACCUUUAAAGAGAUCUGUCCAGCUGGUCCUGGUUAUCAUUACUCAGCAUCCACUCUGCAGUUCACUCAAAGAGCUGAUGCUGAGCAGGCAGGGCGAGGAUCCCUGCCAACAUCCCAGGACAACACGGGUCCAGAUUCACAGCUUUCAUCAGGGUCCAGAGGUGGUGGAACCUCUCACUCUCUGCAGAGACCCAGCUUCUCGGGUUCACCAUCUUCUACCAGACCCAAUUCGCCUCAGCCUGGCCUGAAUGCCGGUUCCUCGUCCUCCAGACUAGCGCAGCCUGCUAGCUGGGGAACAAGGACCUCCCAGGAGAGACUGGACAGCCAGCAGGGUCGGCCCAACCAACCUGCAGCCAGACCACAGCUUUUCUCAAGUGAUAAUCAAGCUGCCAAUCAGCCUUCCGCUGGAUCCCAAUCCGACCCAUCACCAGGACGAGGAGACUCUCUGCCGCCUCAGACCUCAGAGCGUGGAUCCAGACCUGGUGGAGAGGUCGCUGUCCCAGAGAGACAACCGGCUGUGGUCCCAACGAGACGUCCAAGCAGAGUCCAGAUUGUUCGUAGUGUGUGUCAGAGCAGGCCAGGUGUGUGUGGGCGGGGCCGCUGCCUGGACCAACCGGGUGGGAAAUACACCUGCGAGUGCGAGGAGGGAUACCAGCUCAACGAUCAGGGAACCCUCUGUCACGAUGUGGACGAGUGCCAGCAAAAUCCCUGCACUAAUGGCCGCUGUGAAAACACAGCAGGAAGCUACAGGUGUGCCUGUCACCGUGGUUACAGGCUCAUUGGGAACACCUGUGAAGAUGAGGACGAGUGCCGACAGAAUCCCUGCAGUAAUGGCCGCUGUGAAAAUAUAGCAGGAAGCUACAGGUGUGUCUGUCACCGUGGUUACAGGCUCAGUGGGAACACCUGUGAAGAUGUGGACGAGUGCGUUGAUCCUCUGCAGUGCCCGGGUCAGGAAUGUAUCAACACUCUGGGUUCUUAUCGCUGCUCAUCCUGCCACGCAGGAUUCGGGUUGCUCAAUGGGAUCUGUACAGACAUUGAUGAGUGUCGGCGGUCUCCAUGCUCCAAUGGCCGCUGUGAAAAUACACCUGGUAGUUUUCGCUGUGUUUGUCUCAAUGGUUACCGGCUCAAAAACAACACCUGCACGGAUGUCGAUGAGUGUGCUGAGCCGUCUCAGUGUCCUGGACAGAUGUGUGUGAACUCUGUGGGAUCCUACAGGUGUGUGUCUUGUCGUCAAGGAUACACGCUAACCAACAGACAGUGCACAGACGUGGAUGAGUGCGCGAGUGCCGGAGCAUGUGAAGCAGAGCAGGUAUGUGUGAACACUGUCGGCUCGUUCAGAUGUGACUGUCGGCCAGGAUACCGACGCUUUAGCCUGGGAGGACAGUGCAGAGACGUCAACGAGUGUUUGGAAGGCGACUUUUGUUUCUCUAGAGGGGAGUGUGUAAACACACCUGGGUCAUACACCUGUGUAUGCUCACCUGGAUUCACACUAAAUGAAAACAGGACAGCCUGCCUCGAUGUGGAUGAGUGCAUGAGGUCUGGUGUUUGUUCGGAUGGUCGUUGUGUCAAUACUGAAGGUUCCUUCCAGUGUCAGUGUAAAACUGGCUUCAUCACCAACCCUGAGAAGACCGCCUGCCUCGAUGUGGAUGAGUGUGUCUCUGCCAGUAGUUCUGUUUGUGUGUCGCAGCGAUGUGAGAAUACGAUUGGAUCAUACCGCUGCCUUGCUUCCUGUCAGGCAGGUUAUCAGGUGGCUCCUGAUGGCAGCUGUGUAGAUGAGGACGAGUGUGUGUCUCAGCCAGGUGUCUGUGGUUCUGCUCGUUGUGAGAACACCAAGGGAAGCUUUAUGUGUAAAUGUGAUGGAGCAGCCGACAUCUUUGACUCUUUAACCAGACAGUGUGUAAGCUCUGUGGGAACAGCAUCCAGGACAGAUCUUGAGUCGAGACACUUUUCCUCUGCUUCUUCUGGCUUUGAAGUCAGAACAGUGGACGUUGCUGUGGAGCUGCAGCCAUCCUCGGCCCCUCAGCUCCCUGUGCUCCCAGCAGCCCGACCCGGAGAGCUGAGGGACUGUUACUACAACCUGCACGAACAAGGUUCCUGCAGCCGGCUGACCGCCAACAUCAGCCAGCAGGAGUGCUGUUGCACCAUGGGGGAGGGUUGGGGGCUGGGCUGCCAGUAUCUUACCUGUCCUCCUGAAGACACACCCGAGUUUCUGUCCCUGUGCCCCAGCGGGAGAGGGUAUGUGACAGCGGGAGCCUUCGGCUACUCAGAUGUGGACGAGUGCAAGCGUUUCCAUCCGGAGGUGUGUAAGAAUGGAGUAUGUGUCAACAACAUCCCAGGAUACAGAUGCUACUGCUCCAGUGGUUUCAUUUACAACAGCGCCCUACUGGAGUGUGUCGAUUAUGAUGAGUGUGAGGAGGAGACCUGUGUUGGAGGUGUGUGUGUGAACACUGUUGGUUCGUAUCACUGCAGCUGUGCUCCUCCGCUGGUCCUGGACGACACUCAGAGAAACUGUGUGAACGCCUCCCACCUUACUGUAGAUGAGAACCUGUCCGUGUGCUGGCAGCAUGUUAGCGCCGACAUGCUGUGUCAGAGUCCUCUUCUCGGAGGUCAAGUCACAUUCAGCGACUGCUGCUGCUUAUACGGGGAGGGCUGGGGAAUGGGCUGUGCCCUCUGCCCCCGCACUGACUCAGAUGACUACUUCACUCUGUGCAGUUCACAUUCCCCUGGAAGGUUCCCAGGAAGGUUCCAGGACAGAUCAGAAACCGGACCAGGACGAGGAGCUCCUCCCUAUAGUCCGGAGUACUUCCCUCCAGAGCCGCUUCCUGAGAGAGAUUAUGAUCCUCUUGAUUAUGAAGAUUAUGUAGGGGGCAGCAGGUCAGGGAUCAGGGGAAGGACCCCGUCCUCCUUCGGCCCACCGGAUGAAGCCUAUCGUGGGUCUGAGUUCAGUCCUGGUUUCUACCCUGAAGGAGACUACAGCCGGCCUGACGGCUCCCCGCCCAGAGCUCCAACCUUCAGGCUCCCUCCAGACCCCAGGUCAGACAUUGCAUUCGGGUCACGGCCCGACCCUCCAUCCCUGCCCAACUCGCCUCCUCUAAACCUGGCUCCGCUGCCCAGAUCUCCCUACGGAGAAGGGGAGGAGGAGGACGACUUCAGGACAUGGAGGCCGGCACCACCUUUUCCUCCUUUCACAGACAGGAGUGCAGGAGGCGGAGGAGGACCCCGGAGGGUGUAUGAGCGGCGUUACGAGACGCACGCCGGUCUGAACGCCGAGGAUUGUGGGAUUCUGCACGGCUGUGACAAUGGCCGGUGUAUCCGCGUUGCAGAGGGUUACACCUGCGACUGCUACCAGGGCUUCGAGCUGGACAUGACCUCAAUGACCUGCGUCGACAUAAACGAGUGUGAAGACAGCGUGGGCCUGCAGUUCCCGUGCGUUAACGCCCGCUGUGUGAACACCGAAGGCUCGUUUCGUUGCGUCUGCAGGAGAGGAUACGUCAUGUCCCGCCGACGGAACCACUGCAUCGCUGCUUAGGCCAGGCUGGACUGCACCGGGAUCUAUUAGACCAGUAAACAGGCUGAACUGGUUUUGCUGUUGAGCAAUAUAUGACAAACUAGACUGGAGCAGAAGAAAUAUUACUGCACUGAAAUAGUUCAGAUGUUUCUGAUUGCACUAAACCAGCAGAACUGUUUGUCUUGUGGACAGAUUUAAUGUCACCCUGAUCCCCAGUUUAUCCUUGGGAUAGUUUUCCACAGCAGAUACACUAGAAACACCCCCACUGUCAAUCCAAACAGGAACAACCUCACAGGCUGCCAGUUUGGUGUCACUUCUGUCCACGUCUAAAGCACCUAUCACUUGUUGGAAGCGAGUGAGCACAAGGUAGCCAACAACACAUUGGAACACGGCAGGAGACUGAUGGCUUUAUGUUUGGAAGACACAAAUUGGGUCUCGAUGCAUAACGUCCAUCCAAGACAAAAGAUUUCAACUUGGAUUUGAGUUCAUAAAGAUUAAAGUUGUGAUUUAAACAGCCCAGAUUGUCAGGAUUAGAUUAGAUUAGAUUAACUUCCUGCUUGUGUUCUGACCAGCAGUUUUCCAACCUCUCACACUUCCCUCAUGAUCCAUGCAGGGGUUGUGGCAGUCUCCAUUUUCUUCACAUAAAUGCUCCACAUUUUACAGUACAAUCUUAACAUAGUCAGUUCUGUCACAUAAAGUAAAGCAAUGCUGAUUUUUUAUUAUUUCAAUGGCUUUAUUAAUUAAUGUUCUUUUCCUUUCUCCUGGUGCCUCACCACCCUUUGUGAGCUUUAGCAUCUUAGCCACGAAAUAUAAGCGUUCUUUGUUGGCAUCAGGGGCAAUGAAGACUCAGGCAAAACGCUGGCAGAAAUUAUAUGGUUUAUUUGUAUAGAACAUAAAAAAAAACAUAUAAACAGGAUUCUGUGCAACAAAAAGACUGAGAAAUAUAUGUUUAAAAUUUUAAGUUGAAACUAAAAUAAAUAUACUAUAUAUAUGUCAUCAUAAGAAAAACUCAAACUUAAAGAUUAUAAAGUAUUAAAGAGAACAAGGGCAAAAAAGUUACAUAAAACAAACAAAAA